AUGAAUCGCCUGCGAUGCCGCCAGGGGAGAGGACUGGCCCUGCUGUGCGUGCUGCUGGGGACGCUGUGUGAAACCGGCGCCGGGCAGAUCCGCUACUCCAUUCCGGAGGAGCUGGACAAAGGCUCCUUCGUGGGAAACAUCGCCAAGGACCUGGGGCUGGAGCCCGAAGAGCUGGCGGAGCGCGGCGGCCGCAUCGUCUCCAGAGGUAAGACGCCGCCGCUUUUCGCUCUCAGUCCGCGGAGCGGCGGCCUGGUCACGGCGGGGAGGGUAGACCGCGAGGAGCUCUGCGCUCACAGCCCGCGGUGUCUGGUGAAAUUUAACGUCCUGAUUGAAGACAAGCUGAACAUUUUUGAAGUGGAAAUAGAAAUUAAAGACGUUAAUGAUAACGCUCCCGAUUUCCUAACAGAGGAAUUGGAAAUAAAAAUUAGUGAACUCACAAGUCCUGGAACCCGGUUUCCACUGAAGACUGCCUUUGACCCAGAUGUGGGCCUGAACGCCCUGCAGAAGUACCAGCUCAGCCCCAAUGACUAUUUCUCCCUGGCUGUGAAGAGCGUCUCUGGUGGGGCCAAGUACCCGGAGCUGAUCCUGGAGCGGGCCCUGGACAGAGAGGAAGAGAACGUUCACCAGCUGGUUCUCUCUGCCUCUGAUGGUGGCGACCCUGUGCGCUCUGGUGACAUGCGCAUUCAAGUGGUUGUUCUGGAUGCAAAUGACAACCCACCGGAGUUUCCUCAGCCUGAGUACCACGUAAGUGUUCUAGAGAACGUGCCAGUGGGCACAAGGCUGCUCAGGGUGAAUGCCACCGACCCUGAUGAGGGAUUCAAUGCUCAAGUGUCCUAUACCCUAGAUAAAAUGCCAGGAAACGCCGCUCAGAUUUUCCAUCUCGACUCAGUCACUGGGGACCUAUCAAUAUUAAGAAGUCUAGAUUAUGAAGAUGCAAUGUUCUAUGAAAUUAAAAUUGAAGCUAAAGAUGGACCAGGACUCCUUUCAAGAGCCAAGGUUCUGGUUACAGUUCUAGAUGUGAAUGACAAUGCCCCAGAAGUCACAGUCACCUCUCUGACAGGCUCAGUCCCAGAAGACGCUACCCCUGGGAGGGAAGUCGCCCUUAUCAACGUGCAUGACCGAGAUUCUGGGCAGAAUGGGCAGGUGACGGUUUUUGCCCUUGGAAACCUGCCGUUUGAUUUAGAAAAAUCCAUAGAUUACUACUACCGCUUAGUGACAGCCAGAUCCCUGGACCGUGAACAGGUGUCCGAAUAUAACCUCACUCUGAGAGCCACUGAUGGAGGAACGCCCUCACUGUCCACGGAAGCCCACAUUCACCUGCGCGUGACAGAUGUCAACGACAACCCGCCCACCUUUGCUCACACUUCCUACGCUGCCUAUAUUCCUGAAAAUAACCCCAGAGGUACCUCCAUCUUUGCCUUGACCGCCCACGACCCUGACAGCGACAGCAAUGGCCUCAUCACUUAUACACUGACCGAAGGCACCCUACAAGGGGCGCCUCUGUCAUCCUACAUCUCUAUCAACUCGGACUCGGGCAUCCUAUAUGCGCUGCGCUCCUUUGACUAUGAGCAGUUCCGAGAGCUGCAGUUGUGGGUGACAGCCAGCGACAGUGGAGAUCCAUCCCUCAGCAGCAACGUGUCCCUGAGCCUGUUCAUACUGGAUCAGAACGACAAUGUACCUGAGAUCCUGUACCCCGCUCUUCCAACAGAUGGCUCCACUGGAGUAGAACUAGCUCCACGCUCUGCUGAGCCCGGCUACCUGGUGACCAAGGUGGUGGCGGUGGACAGAGACUCUGGGCAGAACGCCUGGCUGUCCUACCGCUUGCUCAAGGCCAGCGAGCCAGGGCUCUUCGCGGUGGGCGUGCACACGGGCGAAGUGCGCACCGCGCGGGCCCUGCAGGACAGGGAUGCGCUCAAGCAGAGCCUGGUGGUGGCUGUCCAGGACCAUGGCCAACCUCCUCUUUCGGCCACCGUCACGCUCACGGUGGCCGUGGCCGACAGCAUCCCUGAUGUUCUGGCCGACCUAGGCAGUCUGGAGCCCUCCCCCAACUCAGAUGCCUCCGAUCUCACACUGUACCUAGUAGUGGCUGUGGCCGUGGUCUCCUGUGUCUUCCUGGCCUUUGUCAUUGUGCUCCUGGCGCUCCGGGUGCGCCGCUGGUACCAGUCUCGCCUGCUGCAAGCCUCUUGUGGUGGGACGGCCAGAGGGCCUGCCACGCACUUUGUGGGUGUGGACGGAGUGCAGGCUUUUCUGCAGACGUAUUCCCAUGAGGUCUCCCUCACCGCGGACUCUCGGAAGAGUCACUUGAUCUUCCCUCAGCCCAACUACGCAGACACGCUCAUUAGUCACGAGAGCUGUGAGAAAAGCGAACCCCUCCUGAUAUCUCAAGAGUUACUUGAAGCAAAAGGAGAUUCCAGGCUACUUCAGGAUAAAUACUGGGCAAAAAUGAAGUUCUCCAAUACCACCUCUGGGCGCCGCUGUUGA